UCUGGACUUCAGAGGCUCCUUCUAUGCCUACCUCCGUCAAAGUAUGUAACGACUCUGAUACGUCACCAGUCGCCGAUACCACUUCCUCAACCGGCGCUGUGUGUAAGGAGAUGGAAGAGGGUAUCAGCCUGAGGGCAUUCAUCGCUGCGUGUGGAAAUUCUGUCAUCACCCAAGCCCUCUCUAUCCCAUUCAUGUUCACCACCGCCGGUUGGGUAUCGUUCGUUACACAGGCCUUGGCGGUUUGCCUCGCAUUCGUUUGCAUCCAAAUGCUGAGGACCUCUCUCAACAACGAAAAGGUAAAGGAAUAUGCUGAACUGAAGGGCGUUCCUAAAUUCGAGAGAGAGUACACAUUCCUGGGAGAAUUUUGUGCAGGGAAAUUCGGUCGAGGCGCAACUACCCUGCUCAUAUUCCUACAAUAUUUUCUCAUUCUGAUCACCAAUCUUGGUGCGAUGGGGGUAUGUGCAGCACUGUUCAUCCCGGGGAGGAGCUCCGUUACAUGUAUCAUUAUCGUAUCUGCCAUAUCCCUCUUGAUGAUCCUAUUGCCAUGGCUCAAGGAGAUCACAUCAAUUUUGGGUAUACUCGCUAUCAUUGGCAUCAUAGGAAGCAUGGCGACAUGGGUCGGGUCUGCUUUCGCUAUUCUACCCGAUUCCCAUGUUGUCGACAACUUGCCGGUCCGCGAACCAGCCUUCAUCAACCUAGUCACAGCCUUCAGCCUAUCGAUGUGGACCUCGGCCGACUUACCCUCUUUGGUGUCUUAUCUCGGCUCGGUCAAAGGUGCGAGUGAUCGCUCUGUUACAUGGACCAUCCUUAUUUGCUUGAUUCUAUCCAUCGUGUAUGUAUACAUAAUGGGGGUGGCUGGUAUGCAGAUAUGUGAUGGUGUUUGUGACGACUUCUACCCAGCGAGCCUCCAUAGUGCAUCUGUGGUACCAUCGUAUUUGAAAUAUGGUUUGUAUACCUUCAUCCUUCUAAGAAUGUUCAGCAUCAUGUUGGUGAUCAUGGUUCCGCUUAUGGUUGCUUGCGAGACUGCGGUUGGUCGUCUUCUGACUUCUAUUGAGCUCACGUCGGGUAUCGGUCGAUUCAGGGCUUGGCGAUUCGUGGUGAGAACCCUUCUCAUGGUUGCAGCUGCCCUGGGAGCCAUUUUAGUGGAGAACGAGCUCGCCUACUCUCAAGCAGUUGCAUCCACGCUGUUAACUUUAUGUUCUCUCUAUUUGUGGCCUUUAUGGUUUUACGCUUGCAUAGUUCGGCCUGCCGGUUUGAAGUUGUGGGGUGUUUAUUUGUCAUUGGUCUUACUGAUCGCUUUCAUUGUUAUCGGAACAUAUACAUCUAUCAUGGGAUUCAUUUCGCGCUCGACUGCUUCUGGGAGCUCUUAGUAUAUCUUGUAUGAUUAUCCGUUGCGCCCCCGGUCGCUCUACGAGGAGCCGUUUCAAACGUGACGUUUCAAACGUCCAGCAGAUUGAGUCCCAGAGAACGUGCCGCUUUCACCCAGUUGAGUUAGCAAAAGCCCAGAUUAUGUAGACGACAAUCUCGCGCGCCUUAUUUCGCUACCUUUUCGCUACUUUUUCGCUAG